AUGUUUGGCCAAAACUUUAACAUUGCUGAUUUAAAUUCCAAGUUCGGAAUGUCAGCUUAGCCUCCUAGUUAACCUAGAAGUGGAUUUGGAGCUAAUAGCUCUUAGUUAUCAAAUCCUUUAACUGCAAACACUCCUUAAAGCAGAGGUAGAGAUGAUACUGCAUCUAGCACUCACAAUAUGUAAGACUUCCGUAUGAAUUUUAACAUUGACUCUAUAUCAGCUCCCAGAUAAGGCAAUUUCAAAGAUUCUCUAUCAAAUCCUAUGUCAUUUGGUGGCGGAUUUGGUGGCUCAAGCGGAUUUGGAGGCUAAGGCGGAUUUGGUGGCUCUAGCGGAUUCGGUGGUGGCUAUGGAAACUAUGGUGGAGGUUUCGGAAGUAAUACAGGAGGAUUUGGAGCUCCAAGCUCUAACUUAGGUGGCUAAUAUGGUUUGAACAAACCUUCUUAACCUUCUUCUUAUAACUAUCAACCUACUUCUGCUCCUAUUGGUAACCAAAAUGUUUACUUUGCAAACAAAAAUACAAAAAUGGCUGAUUAAUUUGUUGCUCCUCCUCCUUAAAAACCUACUCCCUCCUUUGACACAAACUAGCAUAAAUAGAUUGAAAACAUUAUGAAGCAACAUAGUGAUGUCGAUAAAGGCGAUAUGAUGGACAAAGCUCACUUGGGUAAAGUUAUUUACAGUGCUGCAUUAAGUUCUUCAUCUACAAGCUAGAAAUAUGACAAGCUUCUUGCAGACUUAAAGAGAACCAACUCCAAGUUCACUGAUUCUGAUUUCCCACCUGAAAAGAGUAGUCUUGCCACUCCUGACAAAUUAGGUUCUUACAGAGAUAUUGUUGCUUGGAAAAGAGCAUCUGAGAUAUUUAAAAAACCUUGCCUUUACGAAGGUGCAAUUGAACCAAAUGAUAUUCUUCAAGGUAAUAUGGGUGAUUGCUAUUUACUUUCCACCCUUGCUGCUAUUGCUGAAAACCCUGAUAGAAUCAGAAGGAUUUUCCUUACUUAAAACUAUAACGAAUAAGGUAUUUAUGCUUUAAACAUUGUUUGGAGAGGUGCCAAUCGUGAAGUUAUUUUAGAUGACUACUUCCCAGUCGAUAAGAAAAAUGAGCCUUAUUUCUUGAAAUCUAAAAAUAAUGAACUUUGGGUCGUUCUUUUAGAAAAAGCUUGGGCUAAGUUACAUAGAAAUUAUGAUAGACUUGAUGGUUAGUUAACAAAGGAAACUCUCCAUGAUUUCACUGGAGCUCCUGUUAGAAGUUAUAGAACCAAUAAAGAUUAACAACAAUUAUGGUAAAAGAUGGUUGAUGCUGAUAAGAAAAAUUUUAUUAUGACUACUGGUACAGAAGGUGAAGAUGUUGGUGCUGGUGAUCCUUUAAGAAAAUUCGGUCUUGUUUCUGGUCAUGCCUACACACUUAUUGGAGCUAAUGAAGUCAGACUUAACAAUGGUCAAACUGUUUAAUUAGUCUAAGUCAGAAAUCCUUGGGGUGAAUUUGAAUGGUCUGGCAAAUGGAGUGAUAAAGAUAGUUUGUGGAAUAACGUUUCUUAAUCAGAAAAGAAUAGAAUUGGCUACAGUGUUGAAGAUGAUGGUACUUUCUUCCUUGAAUACAGAGAUAUGCUCGAAUAUUUUGAUGGUGUCUAAAUAUGUUAUUACCAUGAUGGAUUCGUUUAUUCAGGAUAAGAAUUUAGAAGUUCUUCUACUGAAUCAAAAUACUUUGAAAUUAAGAUUCCUUAAACUGGCAAUUAUUAUUUCAAUGUAAGCUAAAUUUCAAUUAGAAUAUUUGAUGAAGAUUAUCAAGAUAACCCUAAUUCUCAUUAUUCAGAUACUAAAUUCUGUAUUGCUGACUAAAGUGGUAAGAUUCUUUAAGGUUACUAUGGUAAAAAGCGUGACCUUUAUUCAUGCAAAUACAUCGAUAAUCCCUUCUAGUUCUAAGCUGGAACUUAUCAAGUUUUUGUAAGAGUAAAUUGGUAGAAAGGUGCCACUCACAGCUUUGGUCUAGGUGCUUAUGGUCCUGGUAAAAUCGAAAUUAAGGAAAUUAACAAAUCUCAAGCUGGUAACUUAUCUAAUGCUGUUGCUCCUUGGGAACAAAAUCGUUAUCCUUAAUUCGAAAUCGAACAAAUUGCCGUCAUUUGA